ACACCGGAAGUGUCGUAUGACGUCACUUCCGUCGCGCUUCGGGCGGUGCCAAGAUGGACGCUCCGUGGGCUCGAGAGCAGCUCCGCCGGCGUUACCUGAUUCCCACUGACGCCGAGGCCCGGUUGGACUACGAGGGCGACACCGGGCGGGAAAGCUCUACAACUUUUGAGAAAAAGGAAAAACCUCUUCCAAGACUUAAUAUCCAUUCUGGAUUCUGGAUUUUAGCAUCCAUCAUUGUGACCUAUUAUGUUGAUUUCUUUAAAACUCUUAAAGAAAACUUUCACACUAGUAGUUGGUUUCUCCUUGGCACUGCCUUGCUGCUUGCCAGUUUAUCCGUGGCUUUUUACUGCAUCGUCUACCUGGAGUGGUACUGUGGCAUUGAACAGUACGAUGUCAAGUAUCCGGCGCUGGUGCCUAUCACAACUGCCACUUUCGUCGUAGCAGGAGUUUGCUUCAACAUUGCUUUGUGGAGUGUGUGGUCGUUCUUCACGCCACUGUUGCUGUUCACCCAGUUCAUGGGGGUCGUCAUGUUCAUCUCACUCCUUGGAUGAACUGAGGAUUUAAGGGCAUGGACAUUUAAAAGGAGCCACUGAACGUCCAGCCUGCUCAGAGCGUCGAACAGUGGAAAAGCUGCAGUGUGUUCCUGUGUCUACGAAGUGGUACCUGGGUCUCCCGGGAAGAACUCUGACUUCAGAGAAUAAAGUGUAUUUCUUUUGCGUAUUCUCAAGCCCAAGUGAUGAUUCAGUUUUUCAGAAGUCUGUGUUAUGUAGAAAUAAUUAUUUUGCGAAGUUAAUCUGAAUUUUUGGAGGAAGUAGCGGUUUCAUUAUAGGUACAUAACAUGAUCCUAGUAUUUUAAAUGCUGUUCUUUUCCUCUUCGGGGAUAGCAGUUUGUGGUCUGAAACGCCUGGAUGUGUGUAUGGAGGAGUUACGUUGUCAUGUGCCUUCAAUCCCACUGUAGUAAUUACUGUGUAUCUCAUUUUAUAGUCGUUUCCUUAGGCGGCAGGACCAAGUGGAAAUAUUGUAUGUUUUCUCAUCACUUUUGAUUUUACCAUUGUGUAAAUUACUGGAUUUCUAGCAUUUUUAACAUAAGAACUUUCAAUUCUCUUAAGUAUGUAUUUUUCUGUAACAUUUAAAUAAAAUAUUUUUAUAACUUU